CUUCCUCUGUUUCCAUGGGUCAACCCCGCCAUCACAUUGUGAAAAUCAUUGAGCAAUGUUCAGUUUCACCUCCACCAGAUUCCGUUCCACCAACUUCGAUCCCCCUAACAUUCUUCGACCUCCCUUGGUUCUACCUCCAUCCGAUACAACGCAUAUUCUUCUACGAGCUUCCUCAACCCACCACCACCAACCAAAUCUUACAAACUGUGGUUCCCACUCUCAAACACUCUCUUUCCCUCACUCUUCAACACUUCUUUCCCUUUGCCGGAAACAUUCUUGUCCCUCUUCACCCGGGUAACUUCCCUCACAUCCUCUACUCCGAUGGUGACUCUGUUUCUUUCACUGUGGCCGAGUCCCAUGAAGAUUUUAACUACUUUGUCGCUAAUGCUCCAACACAUCUUAGAGACCUUAACCUUCUUGCUCCCGUCUUUCCUUCUCCGCUUACAACACAAGACGGUGGAAAGUUGCUUCCUCUUAUGGCGGUUCAGAUCACUGUCCUACCCAACUAUGGCUUCAGCAUGUGCGUCGGCUUUAAUCACGUUGUUGCUGACGGAAGAGCCUUUCAUCAUUUCAUCAAGUUCUGGGCUUCCGUUUGUAGGACAAGAGGUGAAGACAUGGAUUCCGUUAAAGAAUCUCUUCAACUGCCACUACACAACAGAGACGCCAUCGAAGACUGGAGAGGGCUAAAGCUCGUUUUCUUGGAGGAACUUUCAAGUUCUUUUACGAAGAUCGUGAAGUCUUUUGGCAUACUUGUUGAUAUUCCCAGUAACAAGGUUCGCUUUACGUUUACCCUGAGCCGUGAGCAGGUGGAGAAAAUCAAGAAAUGGAUAUACCUUGAAUGCAAAAAAAUCGGAUUAAGUACAGAGUCGUUGAUCAUAUCGACCUAUGUGGUGACUUGUUCUUUGCUUUGGGUAUGCAUGGUAAAACAUUAUUACACUAAUACUGAUGCCUAUGAAACAUGCAAGUUUACAUUCCCAGCAGAUUGUCGAAACUGUGGAGAAUUGUCUAUUCCAUCGACAUACUUUGGAAACUGCCUUUCUCGGCCGGUCGUCGAACUCGAGAAGGGCAAGCUAGUGGUGGAAAAUGGGAUUGUUGAAGCAGCUAUUGCUAUUGAAAGCAAAAUUAGAGAGUUUAAGUGCGAUGGUUUGAAGGAGAUUGAAGAUUUGAUGACACAUUUUAACGAGUUAGGGACAUCGAAAGAAUGUAGGGUAAUAGCUAUAGGGUCAGCAAAGCAUGGUGUUUAUGAAACUGAUUUUGGGUGGGGGAAGCCGAAGAAAAGUGACGUAAUUCAUGUAUUGCAUUCAAGGAUAUUCUCUCUGUGUGAUUCUAAGGAUGAUAACGGAGUUGAAAUUGGACUCACCCUUGAAAGGAGUGAAAUAGAAAAUUUCAAUACUAUUGUGAAAGAACACAUUACAAGUAUUGUAGGUUGUGAUUAGACUUUUCGAUCCUUUUGUGUGUAAUCAGAAAUGACCUAUCGGAAACUUUUGUUCUAUUAUUAUUGUUGUUGUUAGAGAAACAGGGAUUUAUUAUGAAAUACACAACACAUCCCUAUCAAAAUUUAAAGGUAAUAGACCAGCUUCA